UCCUCGCUCCCGGGGCGUCGCCCCGCGUGCGCUGGAGUCACCGAGGCCACCCUUGGCACCGGAAGUGACCCUGGCGGGUCUGCCUUCAAAUUGUGGGCUACUUGAAACAGCAUCUGGGGCUCGUGACGGUUGGACCAGGCAGUGCUGGGUCCGUGAGCACAGAGCAGGGUGGUUGGGGCAGGACAGGACAGGGCCCUCCUUCCUCGCUGCCCGGAGCCCCGCUCGGCCCUCCCCCUCCGCCCGGCAGUGGGCGGUUUCCCGAGAGCCUCUGCGCCACAGAGAUGAACAUUCUGAAAAUUGCUUCACAGUGUAUUGUCACUGCUGAAGUUACACACACUCAGCUAACUGAAAUGCCCGCAGGAAAAUGCGUAAUUGAGCCUCAUCUGUUUUUAAUUUAGGACAUUAGUUUUGCAGCUUGUAGUUGAGCAUGAGUCUUCUUAUGAUUAGUGAGAAUGUGAAGCUGGCCCGUGAAUAUGCAUUGCUGGGAAAUUACGACUCUGCAGUGGUCUACUAUCAGGGAGUUCUUGACCAAAUGAACAAGUAUCUGUGCUCAGUCAAAGACACAUACCUCCAGCAGAAAUGGCAACAGGUUUGGCAGGAAAUAAACGUGGAAGCGAAACACGUUAAGGAUAUCAUGAAAACACUAGAGAGCUUUAAACUAGACAGCACUCCAUUAAAAGCUGCACAACACGAGCUUCCAGCAUCUGAGGGAGAAGUCUGGUCCUUGCCCGUACCUGCCGAACGAAGACCAUCACCAGGACCUAGAAAACGCCAGUCUUCUCAGUACAGCGACCCUAAACCACAGGGUAACCGUCCAAGUACAGCUGUCAGAGUUCACCGUCCAUCCACACACAGUCUUCACAAUGACAGAGGGAAAGCUGUUCGUAGUCGGGAAAAGAAAGAACAGAAUAAAGGAAGAGAGGAAAAGAACAAAUCACCUGCUGCUGCUGCAGAACCAGAGACAAAUAAAUUUGAUAGUACCGGGUAUGAUAAGGACCUAGUAGAAGCUUUGGAAAGGGAUAUAAUUUCUCAGAAUCCCAAUGUUCGAUGGGAUGAUAUUGCUGAUUUAGUAGAAGCUAAAAAGUUGCUUAAGGAAGCUGUGGUGUUACCAAUGUGGAUGCCAGAAUUCUUUAAAGGCAUUAGGAGACCAUGGAAAGGAGUGUUAAUGGUGGGCCCACCUGGCACAGGAAAGACCCUCCUUGCUAAAGCAGUAGCAACGGAAUGUAAGACAACAUUCUUCAAUGUCUCUUCAUCAACUCUGACUUCCAAAUACAGAGGAGAGUCUGAGAAGCUUGUUCGUCUUCUGUUUGAAAUGGCUCGAUUUUACUCUCCAGCUACUAUAUUUAUUGAUGAGAUAGACUCCAUCUGCAGCCGCAGAGGGACUUCUGAAGAGCACGAGGCAAGCAGAAGGGUGAAGGCCGAGCUGCUGGUUCAGAUGGACGGUGUUGGAGGUGCUUCUGAAAAUGAUGACCCUUCCAAAAUGGUUAUGGUUCUGGCAGCUACUAAUUUUCCCUGGGAUAUUGAUGAGGCUUUAAGACGACGUCUUGAGAAAAGAAUCUAUAUUCCAUUACCAUCAGCAAAAGGCAGGGAGGAGCUAUUACGAAUAAGUCUCCGUGAGCUGGAAUUGGCUGACGAUGUUGACCUUGCAAGUAUAGCAGAAAACAUGGAGGGUUAUUCAGGUGCGGACAUUACCAACGUGUGCAGGGAUGCAUCCUUGAUGGCAAUGAGAAGGCGUAUUGAAGGUUUGACCCCGGAAGAAAUCAGAAAUCUUUCAAGAGAAGAAAUGCACAUGCCUACAACUAUGGAAGAUUUUGAAAUGGCUUUAAAAAAGGUUUCAAAGUCAGUGUCUGCUGCAGACAUUGAAAGAUAUGAGAAAUGGAUAUUGGAGUUUGGAUCAUGCUAAAUUCUCACAUGUAAACUGUGAGCAACCUUGCAUUAAGUGUUUGAAUAAUUAAAUGUAGUAUUUCAUUGCACCAAGCGCUAUAUUUUUUUAAACUUUCGUUAUGGUAAGAGUGAAAAAAAGUAUGAUUCUGAAUAAAGGCAAUUUUUUUCAAGUUACAAGCAAA